AUGGAGGUGACUGGGGUACUCGAAAGUACAGGAACACUUGAAGUGACUGGAGUACUCGAAGAUACAGGAACACUUGAAGUGACUGGAGUACUCGAAGAUACAGGGACACUUGAAGUGACCGGAGUACUCGAGGAUACAGGAACACUUGAAGUGACUGGAGUACUCGAGGAUACAGGGACACUUGAAGUGACUGGGGUACUCGAGGAUACAGGGACACUUGAAGUGACUGGAGUACUCGAGGAUACAGGGACACUUGAAGUGACUGGGGUACUCGAGGAUACAGGGACACUUGAAGUGACUGGAGUACUCGAGGAUACAGGGACACUUGAAGUGACUGGGGUACUCGAGGAUACAGGGACACUUGAAGUGACCGGAGUACUCGAAGAUACAGGGACACUUGAAGUGACCGGAGUACUCGAGGAUACAGGAACACUUGAAGUGACUGGAGUACUCGAGGAUACAGGGACACUUGAAGUGACUGGAGAAGAUGAUGCAACCGAGCUAGACGUCGCACUGCUUAUAGCAAUACUCGAUACUGAUUGCGAUGAGCUUGGGGACAAAGUUCCAAUUGUGGAGCUUGCCGAAAAAGAUAGAGAAGUACUUCCAAGCAAAGAGCUUGACGAAGGACUCGAUGAUGAGGCUCCGGAAGAUGGAGUUCUUGUACUAGAAGACGACCCAGUGGAGGAAGAUGUCCCAGGUGAACUUGACGGACCGGUGACAGUGCAAUCAAGACAGCCUGAUGUCUUUAUGGGCGAGACCGAGCUUGAGGUCUGA